GAGAAGCAUGGAGGAGGGUGGCGCCGAGAGCAGCCGCGGAGCAGCCCAUGAAAAAGACAAAGAGAAAAAGCCCAAGGUGGUGGUGAUUAUGGGACCCACAGGUUCCGGCAAGUCCAAGCUCGCCAUCGACUUGGCGUCCCACUUUCCUAUCGAAGUAAUCAACGCCGACUCAAUGCAGGUCUACAACGGUCUCGACGUGCUCACCAACAAGGUCCCUCCCCAUCAUCAAAACGGAGUGCCUCAUCAUCUUCUGGGGACUGUGAGCCCCAAUGUGGAGUUUACUGCUAAAGACUUCAGGGACUCUGCCGUUCCGCUCAUCAAUGACAUCUUGUCUCGCAACUGCCUUCCAGUCAUAGUUGGGGGUACAAAUUAUUAUAUUCAGGCUCUUGUUAGUCCAUUCCUUUUUGACGACGCAGUAGAAGAUAUGGACGAAAUAUUUUUAGGUGACCACCCAGAAGUGGGACAACAACAGUCUGAGCUGGCAUUUGAAGUAGACAAUUCCAGAUAUAGCUAUGAUGAUCUUAAAGUCAUUGAUCCAAUUGCAGCUAACAGAAUCCAUCCAAAUGACCACAGAAAAAUUAAUCAGUACCUAAAUAUGUAUGCUCAGCAUGGUGUUCUCCCUAGCAAACAUUUUCAGGAAAUGGCUGCAAAAAACUGGGGCCGAGUUGAUAACUUCAGAUACAAUUGCUUCUUUUUAUGUGUGGAUGCUUCUCUUCCUGUGCUGGAUCGAUUUGUGGAUCAAAGAGUAGAUUCCAUGAUUGAUGCUGGGCUCCUUGAUGAAGUCUAUGAUAUUUUUACUCAUAAUGCAGAUUAUACUCGAGGUUUCCGACAGGCCAUUGGGGUUAGGGAGUUCGAAAGUUUUUUGAGUUUCUACAUAACUGAAGCCAGUGACGAAGCGAACCAUUUGAUAGAUACGUCAAUGUCCCUCAAGCCAGUAGAUCUGGCAGCAGAUAAGAUAUUGAAAGAGAAUAUGAGGGUCAUCUCGGAUUCCUUCAUUGAUACUCAACCCAAAGCUGUGUUAAAAGAAGCUAUUGAGAAAGUAAAACUGAACACCAGAAGACUAGUUCGUCGUCAGAAACGAAGGAUAAAUCGACUGGAUACAAUGUUUGGAUGGAACAUACAUUCCCUUGACGCAACAGAAUCCAUUCUAUGCAAAUCGGAUGCUACAUGGGCUGCAGAGGUGGUUGGACCAGCUGCUGAAUUAAUUAGAUCUUUCCUUAAUCAGGAAGUAGCUUUGGUGACUAAUUUAGAUACCCUAAAUAGCAGUGAAAUAAAUAUGAUACAAAGGGACUUGUGGACUCGGUAUACAUGCGAGGCCUGUGGUGACAAGAUCCUUAGAGGAGCACAUGAAUGGGAACAACACAAGCAGGGUCGUGUACAUCGGAAACGAAUAUCUCGGCUUAAAAAGGGACGAAAAUAUUUUCCCGAGCAGCGCAGUAGCUAGAGCCUAGAGAUCAACAUAUUUCCUAAAUGCAAAUUUAUGUGCACAGUAUAGCUGUGAUGUUGAUGAUCUGUAUACAUGCCACUCUGCCAGUGAAACAGUGAAACUAUUGAUGCAGUUGAUCUGAAAUCACUUUUUUUUUUUUGCAAUCUGAAACAAAUCAAAGGAUUAAGCAGAUGCAACCAUGAGCUCAAACAAACUGUAUCCCAGUGUAACAAAGGAACAAUCUAUCUCACAUACGACUGGUGGCACAUCAAGAAUCCAGAAAAGUUGCUGAGAGCCCUUGGAGUCCGACCACCU